CAAGGAAUUUUAAAAACAUUGGACUUCCUGGCAGCUAAAUACUCUGUGAGAUUCAAAGGGCCAGAGAGCCAAAGAUACACAAUCCUCCCUCUUUUCUCCCUUGACAGAAGGUUUCAAGAUUAAGCUGCAAACUGCAAACCACGUCUCAACAGGAAUCAACGCCAAAAGCCACCACAGGCUACAAGAAGAAGAGGAAAUGUCUUUUCUGACUACACAUCAAAUUCUUUUGAUCAUCUCUUUGAUUUUUAUACUUGGCCCACAUCCUGCAAGAACACAGCAGAGAACUGGCAGAGACCUGAAGGCGGAUAAUAGCUAUGCAUCCCACCAAAGCUAUCUGAGGGAUGCUUUACAUAUUAUUUCAGCUAACAACUACUCUGAACACCGCCAGAACCAAUCAAGAGAAGUGAUCAGGAGACUGCUGGAGAAAACUGUUUGUCCACAAAGGAUUUAUAAGAAGCAAGCCGACUGUAAUCUGUGCCUUGAAUCAGAUGCUUUGAUAUUAAUUGUUGGAGGUGAUUUAGGAGGUAAUCUUACUGAAGAAGUAUUCCAGAAAAUUUCUCUCAUUCUUCUGUAUUACAUCAUUCACCAAAGAGAUGUCUGUCCAUCAAUACACAGUCUCAGGGAAAGAGAUUACAAUUUUUUCCUGAACAGCAUGCUCAAUUUAAGGAGCAAUGAAGACUCAUAUGAUUUAUCCUGGAAUGAAACUGAAGAUGCUCUGGAAGCAAUAAGGAAACAUUUUAAAAUACCUGAAAACCAGUGUGUUCAUGUAAGUGUUCUGGAGAAAGAAGUUGGAAUACUGCACAGAAAUGUUAUUGAUAAAAAGACAGUUCCUCGGCUAGCUGCCGCCAUUCUUACAUUUGCACUGAGAGGAAUCUGCCUGGGUAGAAGACAUUUGCCCCCUCCAGAAUUCUUUAUGGAAUAUAUUUUCAGUUCACUGAACAGCACCAAUGAACUCCAUGUAACAGCCAUAGAUCAACUGCUGAGCAUGCUAUGGGCUGGGAAGAAUUGCUGCACAAAUAACCAAGCUCACCUUAAUAUGAUAGUGAGAAAUGCUGGAUAUCCAAACAUUUCAGUUACAACAAAGCAAAACAACGAGAGUACCUUGCACAGUUUUGGGGCAGAAAAUGAAGAAACUGUUGAAUGGGACAAGGCAUGUUUCUCUGCAAGUGAGCUUGUGGAGAUAUUUUUACAUGACAGUCAUCUAUCAGUUUCUAAGGAACACUUCAGACAGAUGAGCCCAGCAAUCAUUCAGCAAUUACUAAGCUGUUCGUGCAAGCUUAUGGAGUCCAGACAAACAAAAUCUCUACCAAAAACUCUGGAAAAAUACGGCUACAGUACUCUUGCAGUUUUACUUAUUACAGUCGGAUCUAUGUUUGGCACAACUCUCAUACUAUUUAAUUCAUGUCAAGAAUGGUAUACGCUCAUUUUACAACUAUUUGUGGGACUAGCUGUAGGAACCCUCUCUGGGGAUGCCCUCCUGCAUCUUAUUCCAGAGGUUCUUGGUUUACAUACACAUAGUGUUCGAGAGAAUGAAAAUUUCUAUGAUGGUAAAGAAUACAUUUGGAAGAUGCUGGCUUUGAUUGGAGGAAUUCAUGGAUUUUUUCUGAUUGAAAAAGGAUUUGCUCUUUUUGUGUCCCCACAUGAGAAACACAGUCCUGAAGAGUCUGGUUCUCUUGAAAUUUCUCCAAACAAGAAGGCAGUUGUGAGGAAGCGCCAAGGGAUAAGUUUGUUAGCCAUUAUGAUUCUGGUGGGCGACAGUCUUCACAAUUUUGCCGAUGGUUUGGUAAUAGGUGCUGCAUUUUCAUCAUCAAUAGAAAUGGGCGCGACCACAACAAUUGCUAUAUUAUGCCAUGAAAUUCCCCAUGAGAUGGGAGAUUUUGCAGUGCUCUUAAGUACAGGCCUUUCUUCAAAGAUUGCCAUUUUGAUGAACUUCAUAAGUGCCCUAACUGCUUUCAUAGGACUUUAUAUUGGCCUUUCAAUAUCGACAGAUCCUCGCAUUCAAAACUGGAUAUUUACUGUCACUGCUGGGAUGUUUUUGUAUUUAUCAUUAGUGGAAAUGCUUCCUGAAAUGACUCACAUUCAGACACAGCGACCCUGGUUGAUGUUUCUUGUACAGAACCUUGGAUUACUAUUAGGUUGGCUUUGCCUCCUACUUCUAGCUAUAUAUGAACCCAGGAUUAAAAUAUGAAUCUUCUACCAGCAAUCUGCAGACACUAACCUCUUAUCCAGCAUCUAUCCAUUUCAUUCCUGGGGGUUUCUGCAGGAUAGCUUCCAAGUGAACUGUGGACCUGAUACUAUUUUUUUUAAAAAUGCUGACAUUUUGAAUCAGACUAAACUAGCUAAUUGCUUAACUUCUGAUUAAUUUAUGGUUCAGAAAUUAGCAUUUAAAAACGAAAUAUUUUUCUUGUAUGGAAUAUUUUCAAAUACUUUCAUGUUAUUUCAACAACAUUCCUAAGCUCAUUUUCCACAGACCAAAUUUUCAGUUCUUAAACUUUUCCCAACAAAAUCCUCUGAUAUUUUUAGAUAUUGUCAUUGAAGAGCAACCAUCUCAACUGAGCAGCAUCACUGCUGAUUAAUCCAAAGGCAGUUAUGAAGCCAAGAGCCUGAAUGCAAUGGCUAGUUCCAGUCAGAGCUGACCCUGUGAAUCAAUGAACCUUGUAUAAGGGUUGAUAUAUGUAUGUGUAUGUACCUUCGAGUGGCUUCUUGACUUAUGGUGACCUUAUGAAUUUCAUAGGAUUUUCUU